CAUUUAGAUUCGCUUGAAUGUUACAUCAUACCCACUGAAAACCCAAAGAAAAUCAUUCACAGAAAAGGGGCACUUAGAGAGAGCAAGGAAGACAACAUAUUUUCAUUUCCUUCAAUGGCAACCACUGUGGUCACCACUAUCCCCCAAUUCAAUGGUCUUAGACCCCAAUUCUCAGCAGCCCCUGCGCAAAACAUGGUUGCCGUCCAACCCAUGAGGCGCAAGGGGAAGGGUGCUUUGGGAGCUCGCUGUGACUUCAUUGGUUCACCCACUAAUCUGAUUAUAGUGACUUCUACAAGCUUGAUGCUGUUUGCUGGAAGGUUUGGAUUGGCUCCAUCAGCGAACAGGAAAGCCACUGCAGGGCUUAAGUUGGAGGUGAGGGACUCAGGGUUGCAGACUGGUGAUCCUGCUGGCUUCACUCUUGCUGAUACCUUGGCCUGUGGAACUGUUGGGCACAUCAUUGGGGUUGGGGUUGUUCUUGGUCUUAAGAGCAUUGGUGCCCUGUAAAAAUGCAACUACAACUUUAGUGCCUCAUGCAUCUGUAAUCAAUUUAAUUUCCUUUAUUUUCACAUCACUAAGACUCUACCUUUAGUUUUUCUCAACCUUAAUCUUCAGCU